AUGGAGUGGGGUAAUUAUUCCAUGUAUGCCGACUUUUUUCUCCUGGGCUUGUUCAGCAAUACCCGCUUCCCCUGGCUCCUCUUUGCCCUCAUCCUCCUCGUCUUUGUGAUCUCCAUCGCCAGCAACACCAUCAUGAUUAUUCUCAUCCAAGUGGACUCUGUUCUCCACAUGCCCAUGUAUUUCCUGCUCAGCCAGCUCUCUCUCAUGGACAUCUUGUACAUUUCCACCAUUGUGCCCAAGAUGCUGGUUGACCAGGUGUUGGGCCACACGGCCAUUUCCUUUGCAGCGUGCACUGCCCAGCACUUCCUCUACUUGACCUUGGCAGGAGCUGAGUUCUUCCUUCUAGGACUCAUGACCUAUGACCGCUAUGUGGCCAUCUGCCACCCUCUGCACUACCCUAUCCUCAUGAGCCGCAAAGUCUGCCUAUUGAUUGUGGUGGCAGCAUGGCUGGGAGGGUCCAUAGAUGGAUUCUUGCUCACCCCAGUCACCAUGCAAUUCCCAUUCUGUGCCUCUAGGGAAAUCAACCACUUCUUCUGUGAGGUGCCCGCCCUUCUGAAGCUCUCCUGUAUGGACACGUCAGCCUAUGAAACGGUCAUGUAUGUCUGCUGCAUUUUGAUGCUUCUCAUCCCUUUCUCUGUCAUUUCUGCCUCUUCCACUAGGAUUCUCAUCACUGUUUACAGGAUGACUGAGGCGGAGGGGAGGAAGAAGGCAGUGGCCACCUGUUCCUCACACAUGGUAAUUGUCUGUCUCUUCUAUGGGGCCGCCAUGUACACGUAUGUGCUGCCUCACUCCUACCACACUCCUGAGCAAGACAAGACUGUGUCUGCCUUCUACACCAUCCUCACUCCCAUGCUCAACCCACUCAUCUACAGCCUCAGGAACAAGGAUGUCACAAGAGCCCUACAGAAGGCUCUGGGGAGGUGUUUCUCCUCAGGAAGGUUAAAUGCUUUUUAA